AUAGUCUGUUCUCUCCCAUUAGUAGGGAAGUCAGAGUACGUUUAUUUUGAUUUAGACUGCAACAUAUAUAUUUUUCAUUUUUUUUUUCCUAAAUAAAUGAAUGUAAAAUUAGUGUGAACUCACUGAACACUCCCCAGUUUGGGUAAGAGAAUAUGCCUAGAAACUUUCAGGCAAAGGAAAACUGUAUAUAGAAAGACUGCAGUCAGUCUCACUUCCAGAUAAUCAAGAAUUAAUUUACUAAUUUCUCAAUGACCUGUUUUGGGUUUUUUGGUUUUUGUUUUUUAGUUUUAAUCUCAGAUACAUUCUCUUUCUUAGGCUAAAUCAGAGAGAGAUUGGGAUAGCCCCAUAAGUAAUUGGAUAGUCCGUGGGGAAAGCUGCAUUUUAAUCAUGAAAACCCCUGUAAAUUCAAUCUACUUGGCUUGCUUUGUGGGAAAUUUUCCACUGGAGGUGAACUUGGUUUCCCUAUUAAUUCUGAGAUGACACCAGGUGCUUAGCACAAGAUGGCGCCAGUGAGCUGUAGAAGAAGGUACUACAGACUUGACCACUGUGGCCUUUCUUCCCACCCCUUCCCCUCAAACCUCAUCUCCCCUGCUUCCAGCUUCCACUAAAGGCAGAAAACAAUCCAUGCUGUUAUUGCUGGGAAAGGAAAGGAUUAACGAAGGAUGGUUCUUAAGUCAGCAUUGGAAGCAUUCUAAAGCAGGAAUAGAGUUUGUUAAAUUUCCUCCGGGGCCUCUGCCUCCCCCUGCUAGCUCCUUUUCCUGGGUGACUGCCCAGAAGGCCUUUGCCCUAGGGUUUCCAAUCUCCUUCUCCUCUCCUGGGGAGCCCACGGCCUAGGCGGGAGGCGGUUAAGCCUUCUGGCUGCUCUGCAAUAGGGCCAUCUGUGUUUGAUCAAUCCAAGCGGAAAGGAGGGGGUGGGGGCCGUAAAGAGACUGUGAAAGCAUUCCAGAGUAGUGAGAGAGCCCCGAGAUCCUGCAAGAGAGAAGGCACCGCCCCCAGCCCGGCCUCCGAAGCUAACCCGCCGGCUUGAGUGGAAGAGGCCGUGUGCACACGACUACACACUUGGUCUACCCUGGCCCUACUCUCCCGCAGCCAUGGGGCCCCGCACCCCGCUCCUUAUCUUGUUCCUUUUGUCUUGGUCGGGACCCCUUCGAGGACAGCAGCACCACCUUGUGGAGUACAUGGAACGCCGACUAGCUGCCUUAGAGGAACGGCUGGCCCAGUGCCAGGACCAGAGUAGUCGGCAUGCUGCUGAGCUGCGGGAUUUCAAGAACAAGAUGCUGCCGCUGUUGGAGGUGGCCGAGAAGGAGCGGGAGGCACUCAGAACUGAGGCUGACACCAUCUCUGGGAGAGUGGACCGUCUGGAGCGGGAGGUGGACUAUCUGGAGACCCAGAACCCAGCCCUACCCUGUGUAGAGGUUGAUGAGAAGGUGACCGGAGGCCCUGGGGCCAAAGGCAAGGGCAGAAGAAACGAGAAGUACGAUAUGGUGACAGACUGUGGCUACACAAUCUCUCAGGUGAGAUCAAUGAAGAUCCUGAAGCGGUUUGGUGGCCCAGCUGGUCUGUGGACCAAGGAUCCACUGGGGCCAGCAGAGAAGAUCUACGUGUUAGAUGGGACCCAGAAUGACACAGCCUUUGUCUUCCCAAGGCUGCGUGACUUCACCCUUGCCAUGGCUGCCCGGAAAGCUUCCCGAGUCCGGGUGCCCUUCCCCUGGGUAGGCACGGGCCAGCUGGUAUACGGUGGCUUUCUUUACUAUGCCCGGAGACCCCCUGGAGGACCUGGAGGGGGCGGUGAGUUGGAGAACACUUUGCAGCUCAUCAAAUUCCACCUGGCAAACCGAACAGUGGUGGACAGUUCAGUAUUCCCAGCAGAGGGUUUGAUCCCCCCGUACGGGCUGACGGCAGACACGUACAUAGACCUGGCGGCUGAUGAGGAGGGCCUUUGGGCUGUCUAUGCCACCCGGGAGGACGACAGGCACUUGUGUCUGGCCAAGUUAGACCCGCAGACACUGGACACAGAGCAGCAGUGGGAUACACCAUGUCCCAGAGAGAAUGCUGAGGCUGCCUUUGUCAUCUGUGGGACCCUAUACGUUGUUUAUAAUACCCGCCCUGCCAGUCGGGCCCGCAUCCAGUGCUCCUUUGAUGCCAGUGGCACCCUGACCCCUGAAAGAGCAGCACUCCCUUAUUUCCCCCGCCGAUAUGGUGCCCACGCCAGCCUCCGCUAUAACCCCCGAGAGCGCCAGCUUUACGCCUGGGAUGAUGGCUACCAGAUUGUCUAUAAGCUGGAGAUGAGGAAGAAAGAGGAAGAAGUUUGAGGGAGCUAGUCUUGUGUUUUGAAUCUCUUUCACCUCCAUACAUUUAUAUCCCGACUAAAUUUCCUGCUCGUCAUUCCGGGCAAGUUGUGAUUCACAUCUCAUAUUUUCACCCAAUGGAAGCCAAAUUCUCAUUGCCCCUUCAUUUCACAUGGGACUCCAGAUCUCGAGGAAUCCUUUUAGAGCUAAGAGAGAAAGCCCUAAAUGUUCACUCCUCUCUUGCCCCAUGUCAGCAGAUUUCAGGCCGGUGAAAGAUGAGCCAGUUCCAGAGCUCUGACCCUUAUACAUAUGGAGGCGACCCCAGUGAACAGGCAACAGAAUAUUUCUUGCCUCAGUGCGCGUCAGGGGAGAGAGAGGGCUAGGAGGAGAUGUUAGACUCUGCCCUCUCUCCCUUCUCCCUUCAGUGCCCUAGAGGAUGGGACUCGUUCUGUACUGCAACGUUUUGCAUUAAAAGGAAAAUCCACUGCU